AUGACAAAAGAAGUGGACCAACUAAUAGAAAACAACCAUGCAUGGAGUAAACGCAUGACGUUGGAGGAUCCAAACUAUUUCCAACAGCUGGCAGAGUCACAGAAACCAAACUUCCUAUGGAUUGGUUGUUCAGACUCUCGUGUGCCUGCAGAGAAACUCACUUGUCUCGGUCCAGGUGAGCUGUUUGUACAUAGAAAUGUGGCCAACCUAGUGAUUCACACCGAUCUCAACUGUCUGUCUGUUAUACAAUACGCUGUGGAGGUGCUCAAGGUGGAGCACAUCAUCAUAUGUGGACACUAUGCAUGUGGAGGUGUUGCAGCAGCAUUUGACAAUCCAGACCUUGGACUGAUCAACAAUUGGUUGCUACACAUCCGUGACAUCUGUGCCAAACACAAAAAGAUACUGGCCGAUCUACCAAGAAAGCGAAUGCUUGAUGUACUGGUCGAACUGAACGUCGUCGAACAGGUCAACAAUCUUGGUCAUUCAACCAUAAUGCAGAGCGCAUGGAGGCGUGGACAAAAGGUUGGCAUUCACGGCUGGGUCUACGGCAUACACGAUGGAUAUCUACGCGACCUUGAAAUCACGGCUCACUCUCCAGAGAGUCUAGAGAAGAACUAUGUAGAAUCUAUAUCCAAGCUACAACAGGUGAAGACACUACACGGUAGUGGG